GUGGAGCACCCAUAAAUAGCCGUGCCAGGCCAUCAACCCAGCAGCAGCAGCAGCAGCUCCAAGCAUACCAAAGCUAGCUAGCUACUACCACAUCGAUCUGCCAAGCCAAGGAACAAACAAAGAGCUAGCUAGGAUCUCGAUCGAGAAGCUAAGCUUCUCAAGCUCUCGAGGAUGUCUCUGGUAAGGCUGUUGGACACGCUGGCUCUGGACUCGUGGGUGCGGAACCCGUUCAGCAUCUUCGGCACGGCGGUGGCCGCCGACGCGUGGCUGGCCAGCGACACGUCGGCGUUCGCCAACACGUACAUCGAGAGCCGGGACACGGCGGGGGCCUACGUGUUCAGCGCCGCGCUGCCGCCCGGCGUGAGGAAGGAGGAGGUCACGGUGGAGGUGGACGAGGGCAACGUGCUCGUCAUCACCGGCCAGCGCAGCGUGUCCAGGGAGGAGCGCGUCGGCGACAGGUGGCACCACGUCGAGCGCUGCUGCGCCAGCUUCCUCGGCAGGUUCCACCUCCCCGAAGACGCCGCCGUCGACGGCGUCAGGGCCGCCAUGGACGCCGGCAUGCUCACCGUCACCGUCCCCAAGGUCGGUGCCGCUGCUGCCGCUAUCGCCGAGAAGCCCAACGAGGUGCCGGCGGCCGUCGAGGCGGCCGACGGCGGCCCUGCCUGCUGAUCUUCUGAUGCCGAUCGACGCCGAGACGGCCGGCCGGCCGGCUCCCUGUUCCGAUCCUCGACGCCGGCACGGCCCCCUGGUGAAUGAACCGUAGCGUCCCACGUCGUCGCCCGUGCCCGUGCUGUCUCGAAGAGUUUGCUUCCGUGGUUUGGUCUUGGCCUUGCGUACUUUUCCGCGUGAUAUGAUGGAUGGAGCGGCCUACAUGCAUGUAGCAAGGGAAAAAAAAAAAGAGUAUGCCUGCACUGCAUGCAUGGCUGCACCAUGCAAUUUCGUCCUAAAAUGUCUUACUGUGAUUUAGGAAAUGAAAAAUCAAGCUAAGCUGGAAUCAUAUAUUACUACUUCCGUCUU